AUGGCGACCAUACCUAUCAUUGUCAAGCACGCCGGUAAACGCCACGAAGUCGAUCUCGAUCCGACCUCGAAUGGAGAAACAUUGAAAUAUCAGCUCUUUUCUUUGACCGGCGUCGAGCCCGACCGUCAAAAGGUGUUGGUCAAGGGCGGCCAGCUUAAGGAUGACACUCCUCUCUCUUCCCUCAACGCCAAGUCAGGGCAGACGUUUAUGAUGAUGGGCACACCGUCGGGAGGCCAGGGGGCUGCAGACCUCGGUCGGCCGAAGGAGGCGAUCAAGUUUUUGGAGGAUAUGACCGAGGCAGAAGUGGCUCGGCAGGAUGGUGCCACCCCUGCCGGCCUGCAAAACUUGGGAAAUACUUGCUAUCUCAACUCCACCCUGCAGACCCUACGAAGCGUCCCAGAGCUCCAGGAGGAACUGCAGAGAUAUCGACCGAGUGGCCGUUCUGAGCAUGGUCUCUCCAACCUCAGCAGCUUUGGUCUUGGGGGUUUGGACAGCUCCCAUGAUUUGGCAUCUUCUCUGCGUGACCUUUUCAAGCAAAUGUCCGAGACCCAGGAGGGCAUUCCACCGUUGAUGUUCUUGAAUGCUCUCCGGACCGUGUUCCCUCAGUUCGCUCAACGGGACCGCAACGGGCACGGCUACGCUCAGCAGGACGCAGAAGAAGCUUGGUCGCAGAUCGUGAAUCAGCUGCGAGCUAAGUUGACCAUCAAGGAUGGCGAAGGAGAAUCUACUACCCAGACCUCUUUUGUCGACAAAUAUCUUGCCGGUCAAUUCGAGUCUGUUACCGAGUGUGAUGAUCCUGCCGUCAAGGAAGUGGGCGAGCAAUCGAAUAGGGCCUCCGACGUUUUCUACAAGUUGGAUUGUCAUAUUGGGAAGGAGACGAAUCACCUCCAGGACGGCAUUAUGGCUGGGUUGGAAGAGCAAAUCGAGAAGCAAUCCCCUACAUUGGAGCGAAAUGCACUCUACACGAAACGGUCUCGCAUCGCCCGACUGCCCAAGUAUUUGACGGUCCAUUUUGUGCGCUUUUUCUGGAAGCGUGAGACUCAAAAGAAGGCCAAAAUUAUGCGCAAAGUGUCUUUCCCGUUCGAACUCGAUGUUGUCGAAUUUUGUACCGAAGAACUCCAGAAGCAACUUGUGCCGAUCCGGGACAAGGUCCGAGAGAUCCGUAAAGACGAGUUGGAUGUCGAGCGCUCUCAAAAACGACAAAAGAUUGCUCAUCAACGUGGAGAGGAGCAAAAGAAGGAAGAAACAGAAACCGGCGGCAAACGGGAACCCAUGCAGAAGAAAAAGGAAGCCGAGGAAAGCAAAAGCAAGGCCAACGACAAGGAUGGCGACACUGCCAUGCAGGAGACCUUCAAGACGGAUGCAGAAUACGAAGCAGAGAAAACCGAGGCAAUUCGGGCCGCCAAGAAAGAGCUUUAUGACUUGAUCCAGCAGAGAAGCUCCGCUGACAGCGGCACCAAUCAGUCCGGUCUCUAUGAGCUCCGCGGCGUGAUCACCCACCAAGGUGCUAGUGCUGACAGUGGUCAUUACACGGCGUAUGUGAAGAAGAAGAGCCGACCGUCCAACGACUCCCAGACCGGUACCAAGCGCCGCGAUGACGAAGAAAAGUGGUGGUGGUUCAACGAUGACAAGGUCACCGAGGUAGAGGCAGACAAGAUCGAGACUCUUUCGGGUGGUGCUCUUCCGCUUCAGCAUUUCGAUGGCAAUGUGACCACCAUGCUCCAUGCUCGCAGAUUUUUCCAAUCAACAUUGCGCACAUCAGUGACGCGAACGCCAGGCUUUUGGCGCCCGUCUCUUCUCCGAAAGGCCAGCACCGCAUCGCAGAACAUCUCGGGCCAACGAUCACCAUGGACGCGCCGUCUGAUCUAUGCAGGGAUUUUUGGCGUUCUCGGCAUCGGCGCGGGGCAAUGGAUGGACAAGAAGAUUGCUGUACCUCCAGUACCUGGAUCACUUGAGGACCAGGCGGAGCUACAGGAAAUCCAGCGCGUCUUCGACAUCGCGCUGCCCAUUGUGCAGAAACUGCGCCGCAACCCGGAUUACGUCGAGAUGGACGUCUACGAGAAUUUUACGGAGGAGAAAAAGCCACACCGUCUUACCUCUGGUCCGUUAGCUGGGAGCAGAGGCUUGGGACUACAGAAAGUCUUCUGGAAUGACAAAGAGAAGAAGGCCGUCAGCAUGGUCUUCCUCGGCCCAGGCCUCGAAGGAUGGCCAACCAUGGUCCACGGCGGUGCGCUUGGCACCGUGAUCGAUGAGAACUUGGGGCGCGCGGCCAUUCGACACUUCCCGGCACGCACUGGUGUGACAGCGAAUCUCACCAUCAAUUACCGCGCCCCUGUCUACUCGGACAAUUUCUACACCUUGCAUACAGACCUGGACCAGGAACGGAGCUCGGACCGUAAGGCCUACACCUCAUGUGAAGUUCGGGACUUGGCUGGUCGACUGUGUGUUGAGGCUACGGGUCUGUUUGUCGUCCCCAAGAAGCUCCAUCUCGAAAAGGUCGGCGACAAAUUCUGA